AUGGCCGGCGAUUUCCAAAGCUACAGCUUUGUUACGGCUCGUGAUGAUGAUAGAGCCAUUCGAGCUUUCGAGAAGGAGCUCGUCAUCAUCGACAUUAUCAAGGACUAG